UAAAACAUCGGUUGGUAUUCGGUCGGUUUGGUAAUUAUCAAACCAAGUGGCAACCCUAGUCAAAUUUCUAUGCAAUUAUGCAUAUAUUACACUGCAUACAUUUUUUCACAAUAUAAAGAACUUUACUUGGUACAUGAUUUCUCGCAGAAAUAUUAUUAGACGUGCAUUCAAUCUCUAAAGAAAAGAUGGUUUGGUGGUUCUCAUGGCUCUGUCUCCUCUUCUUCCUCUUUACCUCUGAGUUGAACUGUUCAUUAUCAUCUUCCAACUCUUCCUCUCCUCCUUCUUCAAGGCAUGUGUGUAAUUCUGAUGAGAGUUCUGCUUUACUUCAAUUCAAGAACUCAUUUCAAGUUAAUCACUCUAUAUAUGGUGGUUUAGAAUUUGUUUCUGCCAAGACAGACUUCUUUUCUCCAAGGACAGACUCAUGGGCAAAAUAUGAAGACUGUUGCAGGUGGAGUGGUGUCACAUGUGAAAGGGUCACUGGUCACGUGAGCGGCCUCAACCUUAGUUUUGGUGGGCUUCAAGGAAUACUUCACUCCAACAGCAGCUUAUUCUCUCUCGGCCAUCUCAAGAUGCUAGACCUAUCUUACAAUGAUUUCAUGGGUUCUUCCAUUUCUUCCAAGUUUGGUGGAUUUGUAAGUAUGACAUACCUCCGUCUCUCUCAUUCCAACUUCACUGGUAAAAUCCCUUCCGAAAUCUCCCAGCUUUCCAAAUUAGUUUCACUUAAGCUCUGUUCCGGACUAGUUUCUUUGGGGCCCCAUGAAAAAACAACAAUAGACACGCUUACCAUGAAAGGAAUUGCUCUCAACCUCACCAGCCUUAGAGUGCUUAUUCUCAAUUCUGUCGACAUGUCUUCAGUUGUACCUGAAUCCUUCCUGAAUUUGUCUUCUUCUUUGACUUCACUUUUCCUUUUUGAUUGUAAUUUGCGUGGGAAGUUCCCAGGGACUUUAUUCCACCUACCCAACCUUGAAGAACUUGAUUUACGGGGAAACACUAAUCUCACAGGUUAUACCCCCAAAUCUAACUGGAGUAGUCCACUGAACUACUUGGGGCUCUCUGAGACUAAAAUCUCAAUAGAUCUGCAUUUCUUGACAAGCAGUUUGAAAUCUUUGAGGGCUUUGUGUCUUGAGGAGUGCAAUUUCACAGGAUCGCGCUCGCAUCUUGAAUUGUCUGGUAACCUCACACAACUCAUGUGGUUGGAUCUCUCUCGUAAUAGUUUUGGUGGCCAGAUACCAUGGUCGCUUUUAAACCUUGAGCAUCUCCAUUACUUGAAUCUUUCAAGCAACAUGUUUGUGGGUGAACUUCCAGAAAUUCAUGGUAAUUCCACAAAAGCAUCUUCAACUUUACAUGAUUCUUCAAAGAAACAACUUGUUGGUGGUUCUAUUCCUAUGGGUUUGUCCGUACUCUGUUUGUAUAACAACUCGCUUAGCGGAACAAUACCAUCUUGGGUAUAUUCUUUGCCAUCUUUGGAAAUUUUGUGGCUCGACGGCAACGAAUUCACUGGUAAUAUCAAUGAUUUCCAGUCUCUUUCCUUGUCAACUCUUUAUUUAAGUCAUAACUAUUUGAGUGGCGUUGUGAAGUUGGAAAAGUUUCAAAAUCUCCGAAGUCUCACCAGUCUAGAUCUUUCCUAUAAUCCUCUAAUGGUGAGUUUUCAGAACUUCAGUAAUUUUACAUUGCCUAAACUUUCAGCACUGUACAUGUCUGGUUGCAAAAUAACUCAGUUUCCGUACUUCCUGAGAACCUCAACCCAAUUAAAAUACCUAGAUCUUUCCGACAACCAGAUUCAAGGCAACGUUCCAACAUGGGUGUUGGACGUGGGGAGAAAUUCAUUGUCCUACUUUAAUCUUUCCCACAAUUUCUUGACGGGUACAAUAGAACAAUUUCUGUGGAAGAACAUAGAAUAUGUUGACCUUAGCUCCAAUUUGUUGAAAGGAAAAGUUCCUAUUCCAUCACCUUCAACAAAGUUCUUUUUGAUGUCGAACAAUCAAUUGACUGGAGCAUUGCCAUCCACCAUUUGCAACCUGACUUCUGUCCAAGUAAUUGAUUUAUCUAACAAUAGCUUUAGCGGCAGGAUUCCUCAAUGUAUAGGGAAUUUCAGUCAAGAUCUCUCAGUUUUGGAUUUGCAUAUGAAUCAAUUUCGUGGCAGGAUCCCUUCAACAUUCCCAAAGGGGAACAUCUUGAGGAAUCUUGACCUUCAUGGAAAUCAGUUGGAAGGGACUCUGCCACAGUCUCUAGUCAAUUGCAGAAAGAUGGAAGUUCUAGACUUGGGAGACAACAAGCUAAACGAUACUUUCCCGAAUUGGUUGGAGUCUCUUCCCGAGUUACAGGUUCUCAUCUUGGGAUCUAACAGGCUGUAUGGUCCAAUUGGCAGUCCAGAGACAAGAUUUCCCUUCCGAAAAUUGCGAAUCAUUGACCUCUCCUUCAAUCAGUUUGGUGGUCCUCUGCCAACAAGGUACUUUCAGAAAUUGGUGGCUAUGAAAAAUGUGCAAGAUGAUGAACUGAAGUACAUGGGAGACUACUAUUACCAAGACACAGUCACAGUGGAAAGAUUCCGGCGGUGAUCGGCGAGCUCAAAUCAUUGAAGGGGCUUAAUUUCUCUAGUAACAAGCUUAAAGGUCCAAUUCCAUCCGCCUUCUGUAACUUGACUAAUCUGGAAUGGCUGGACAUCUCCUCAAACAUGCUUUCUGGUGAGAUUCCAAGGCAACU